GAGAGAGAGAGAGCGUGCAAACACGACAUGUACAAAGCGGACCACGUUACAUUGAGGGUCCAUGGUCGGUUGGUAUUCCAUUUCUUCCUAAUUUUUCUUCUCUUAUUAUUCUUCUCUUUAAUUUCACUUCAAAAACUCUUCCCUUAAUAACAUUACAAUCUCUCUACUCUCACACACCCAAUACCAUCCCUUCAUCCUUUCUUCUAUUUCUCUCCAAUGAGGAAGCUUUGCCCUAAUUUUGAUCGGGAAUAUGGUCUCGACACUGUCCUCGAAGUCCCCAUUCCUGAAGAGAUGUUUUCUUCCAACAACACCAAAACUCACGCCAUUUCAUGGCAAGCCAUGAAAUCUUGGGUUAAAUCAAAUGACAAAUCAUCACAUGUUACUUCAAUCACGUCGUUAUUUGGAGGACGAAACGCUGAGAUCCAACUAUUACUAGGUGUUGUGGGAGCUCCAUUAAUUCCACUUCCCAUCACUUUUGAUCAACAACAACCCAUUACUCGUAACAACAUCAAAGACAACCCAAUUGAGGCGUCAAUGGCGAAGUAUAUAGUGCAACAAUAUGUGGCGGCGGUGGGAGGAGAACAUGCGUUGAAUUGUAUCGAGAGUAUGUAUGCGAUGGGAAAAGUGAAGAUGGCGGCGUCGGAGUUUUGGUCCGGUGAAGGGAAGGCACCGGUGAAGGGGAAGAAUAAUGGAAAAGGUGGUGGUGGUGGUGGUGGCGGCGGCGGUGGAGAGAUUGGGGGAUUUGUGGUUUGGCAAAAACGACCGGAGUUAUGGUGUUUGGAAUUGAUGUUAGGGGGUAGUAAAAUUAGUGCUGGGAGUGAUGGGAAAGUUGCUUGGAGACAAACUCCAUGGCAUCAUUCACAUGCUUCUCGUGGCCCUCCUCGCCCCUUGCGCCGAUUCUUGCAGGGAUUAGAUCCAAAAUCGACGGCAACUCUCUUCUCAAACUCAACCUGCAUCGGCGAGAAAACGAUCAACGACGAAGAUUGCUUCAUUCUAAAACUAGAAGCCGAAUCUUCAGUUUUGAGAGCAAGAAGCAGUAGCAGCGUCGAAAUAAUCCGUCACACAGUUUGGGGAUAUUUCAGCCAAAGAACCGGCCUCUUGGUACAACUAGAAGAUUCACAUCUUCUCCGAAUCAAACCCGCCAGAUCUCGGAACGACAAUAUUUUCUGGGAAACGACAAUGGAAACGCUAAUUCAAGAUUACAGAACGAUCGACGGCGUCAACAUUGCACACGCCGGAAAAACGACGGUGUCACUUUUCCGAUUUGGGGAAACGGCGGAAGGGCAUUCAAAAACGAAGAUGGAAGAGUGUUGGGAGAUUGAAGAAGUGGAUUUUAAUAUAAAGGGUUUGUCGAUGGAUUUCUUUUUGCCGCCGAGUGAUUUGAAGAAAGAGGAAGAAGGAGUUGGUUUGAUUACGACGAGUAAGGGGAAGUUUCCAUCGACGAUUCGGUGUUCGGGUGAGUCAAGGGGUUUUUCGUCGAGAGUGGCGGCGAUUGAUCAGAGUGAAGAUGAGGAAUCGGAGGGGAGUAAUGAGAGUGAUGAUGAAGACGAAGAUUUUUGAAUAAUUGUAUUGAAAAAAAGAAAAGAACAGAAAGAUUAAAACUCAAAUUUUUGGGAAUUUGUACAUAAUCCAUGAAUCCAUGGUUAAUAUAUAUUAUAAAUAUGGGACAUGGAGUUUUUACUAAUUAGAAAA